AUGCCUUUAUGCUGUGGCCCAUCAAGAUGGAUAAAAGCUGCAUUAUCUCGUAUUUGUCUUGGCGAUUGUUGGCUUCGACCGGGUAUUGGGAAAAUUCGGUCUCAAGCACAGACGUUAUUCCCAAAACUCACACAAAUAGUACGAACAGGGGAAGUUAACCUUAUUGUCGAAGCCUUAGAGCACAAUCUUCCAAGGAUACUGAAGGCCUUAGCGGAGUAUACUACUGAUGAAGAAAUCUUUGAUUUAUCCAAAGCUCUACUUUCCCACAUUGAGAAUGUUGAACCGGCCGUGAGACGCGGCAUAUCAAACUGUGUAGCGAAUUUGUGUUCACAUAGAGAAUUACUGAUUACAAAUGUACUUGCUAUGAUGUAUGAAAGGUUGUGGCCGCUAACACAGAAUGGUAGUGUGGUCAUCGGAUGGUUUUGCGUCAUCAAAGCCAUAUUCCAGAUAAAUGACGUCGAUAAAUUUAAAGAAAACGAUUUAUUUGGUGUCCAGGACUAUUUAGAGUUAUAUCAACUAAUAAUAAACUAUAUCGAAGUAUCAACUGAACAUAACACCCAGAACACACUAUUGGAAUGCUUGUCUGUACUUUUGACUCAAGCUAAAGAUGAAUAUAGGAUUGCUUUGUUAGAAAAACAUCCGCGUGCCAUCUGUCUAGACGAUAGACAGAGUGUUAAAGGACAUAAGAGGAAUAUGAGUUAUUCAAGUGCUAUAUCAUCAGUUACUAUACCGAGUAUGGUGUUAGAGGGACGCGAGUCUGAAAUAUGUUUCACCGGAGCCCUUCAGUUAGGAAGUGUUAUGAGAAUUGAUGAACUAGCGGCCAGUACUGAUGAUCUGCCCAUACAGACACCAGAUUCUCCAGUCAGUGAAUCCGACCUAGAAGUAUCUGAUACGGAGCAGCUGUCACGAGAAGUUUCCGAGAAGUUGAAGGAUUAUGAGGAAUACGGAGAAGAUAUCCGUGAUAGUGGGAUUAAGAUAAACAUUGGUUCAUCGUGUGAGGAUGACGUCCGACUGAGAUACUGUUCACGUCUUCUGGCGUCAAAGUUCCUUCUCACUGGGAAUAAAGGAGAUUUCAUAUCUGACAGAUUGGUCCGUGUGUCUGUCAAGUCAUCGGCCUUAUCUUGUUUGUCAGUCAUAGCAUCACUCUACCCUCAAGCAUUAACCUUAUAUCUGGAUAAAGAAGAAGAUCUUAGAUUUCAGAAUUAUUCUGGUACUUCAGAAGGUACGGAGACGAAUCCAGAUCAAAUAAACGAAUACAUUCUGGAACGUAAUGUCUGUUAUCAAGACUCCAUAACGGAAUCGCUCAGUCAAGAACUACUCAACCGUAGUACUGAAAGUCAGAUAUUCAGAAAGGAUAAAUCUUCAGAUAAAUCGUCGGAUAAAUCUUUGGAAAGUGAUAUGAAAAGUUCAAAAGACGUACACAGCGCUAUACUUGAUAGUAAAGCUAACUUGAUGGCUAGCUGUUCAGCUGAAAGUACAAAUCCUAAUAUGACGAAUAGUAAUUUCACGUCGAAUUCUAAUAUGACUGGCAGUAUAGACCAUAUAUCAACGGGAUAUCCAAUGUCUAGUAGCGGGGAUAUACUUUCAUCUAGUAUAGAUUUGGAUAUGAAAUUCGAUCAUUUCGGUGAAUCUAUAACAGCCCUAGAAGACGUUGUUCAAGAGAAAACUGUGAUAGUUAAAGAAAUUGAUAAAGAAAAAGUGGAUAGAGAAUGUUUUAAACAUCAACUUUUAGCUGAUAUAUUUUCUUUGGAAAAUCACAGUGACCCACAAAUUCGUGGUAUAGUUAGGUUGUGUAUGGGUAAUUAUUUGUGUGCCGCCAUAGAAUUGGCUCACGGUGAUUAUAAUAGGUGGAAAUGUUACAGUCUACUGCCUAAAGAUGUUAGUGAAGAUAUAAGUGUUGAGAAACUCAUGGAAAUUAUAUUAAAGGGAGUUCAAGAUGAGAUUCACUCAACAGUUAAUCACACUCUAUCCGCGUUGGGCCGCCUGUGUAAUGUUCUAUGUCACAGUGUUCACUGGUCACUCAUAACGGACUCACUCAAUUCACUCAUAACAGCACAGUACAAUACAUAUUGGCUAUGUAGAGUGAAUCUCGCUAAGUUAUAUGAGAAGCUGCCAUAUGAAAGACUGUUCACACUGCAUCCAGAAUAUUAUUCAAGAAUCAAACUGAUAAUGGAUGCUUUGUUUCAUCUGUGUGGCGAUCAAGAUCAGAAAGUAAGGACGGCGGCUGCUCAGGCCAUAGCUAAGAUAAUACCCAAAAUCUAUCCAUCACGUAAAUCCACUCCUAUAUCGGUGAUGGCCGAAAUAUCUAAGCAGCAGAGCAAAAUAUUCACAUUCGACUCAAACAGGCUAUCAUUGGAGCUCGUACGUGAUAUAUAUUUCUAUAAUGAUCUCCCGGAACAGUUGAAAGAUGGCGCCACAAUCACUAACAGAGACAGUCUGAAAAUGUUCUUAGGAGACUUAAUGGGAAAACUUAUGGCUUCCAAUAAUAAAUAUUAUACGCAAGGUUUAGUAGAAGUUCUUCAAGCUGUUUGCCUUAAAUGGUCUCCGUGGAGGCAUAUAGAGGCGUUUACUGGUCAAGGUAUUCUGGACUAUUGUGUGGACGAUCUAGACUAUUGCAAUAGCUCAGUGGUUGUAAGGACUAUGUUGAUGGAUAUAUGCCGUUUGGUUUAUCCAGUCGAAAUCCACAACGUAAUGUGUCAUAAAACGGGGAAUAGAGACAUAUUUGAAAGGGACACUCAAGUUAAAGAGAAAUGGCAACAUUUAUAUACAGACUUUGAGGGUGCAGAGUAUACAAAAAUCGAUAAUAGGGUUGCCAAUAUAGCAGAAAAGUUUCUUCAAGUGACAUUGAAAAUGUUAAAUGUUUUGGUACAUUUAAUAGAAGAGGUCAACCCUAAUAUACAUUUGAAUAAGAGCGGUAUUGCGUUGCCAGGAAGUCCUGUUAGGAGGAAAACUCAAGAAUCAAUACCAAGAAAGAGUAGUUUGACGGAAGAAGACAAAAAAAAGCGACCUCUACCAGCUACAAGCUUGAAGGCUAACUUCAGUGGGCACUUCUUUAAUGAACCGUUUUAUAUGAGGCUGUAUGAGAACUUGAGAGCUACGUACUCUAAUCAUAAGAUCAAUCUAGAUCCAAAAAGCAGUAUAUUUUAUGCAUUUCUAUCAACAACAUUGGACUGUUUAUCCAUUCAACUUGAAUUAGCCACUGAGAAAGAAUUCGGUCAUGUCACAGAAGAAAUAUUAUAUUAUCUGAAAGUUAUAAUGCCGUUGUGUCCGUACAAAACAGUUGAUUGUAUAACACAAUUAUUGAAAUGCCUCUUUGGUACAAAUAUGAUAAACCAGUACAACGAUUUCAUGAGCAUAGCUGAUAAAGUUCUAGAAGAUUCUACGAGUUUCUAUGAGCAUGUGAUGUUAGUGAGUGUUAUAGAUGACGAUAGAAGUAGCGUCAGUUCGAACUGUAGUCAGAUGUUGGAGAUUAAGAAUACAAGGAUGUUGGAUGAGAGGAAAAUGCUCAUGAAUUUGGAGAAUUUCGCCAAAAACCGCACGGACAGGAAAUGGGGUACGAAUAAGAAGGAACUGGAGAGAUAUAUAAGACUAUUUGAACCUGUUGUUAUACAAUCUCUAAAGGCCUACACGAUGCAGAACGACAUACCUCUACAAUGUUCAGUGUUGAAUCUCCUUUGCGCGUUACUAUCACUACGUGUGAACUACUGUAUGUUGGACAGCGACCAAGUGUUCAUAGGAUACCUCAUGAAACAACUGGAUCACAUCGAACAGCAUGAGAUACCGAACUGUUGUCAGCUGGUCAACAGUAUAAUGCUAUUUCUGGUCCAACUGUCGUCGUCUAAACACAACACCAAACAGAUCAUUGAGAUACCCAAGUUGCUUCAACUAUGUGAUGGUUUACUAGCGGCUGGAGCUCAAGACGAAUGUGUUAGUGGCCUGGCGCCUGUAGCGGCAAGAGUGUUCAGUAACAUGGCUGGAGUGAGUGUACUGGGUCGAGCUCAACAACAAGAACUCCAAGCGACUAAGGAGGUCUUAUUCUAUAUGUUACAAAAAACUAUGCAUCUACCUCAGGUCCUGAGUCUAGUAUCAACUGUUCUAUCUCUUUCCCAAGAACAUCCGGAGAGCUACUAUCGCUGGUCGGAACUAGCCAGUGACUCAUUGCUCAAUUUGCUGAGUGAGCGUACAGUCGGCGACUCAUUUUGCUCAGUCGAAUCUAUAGAAAUGCUAUUGGAAUGUGUCUACAGAGAUGUGUUGCUAGAACAGUCGAGGGUUGAGAUUGUAUUGAAGAUAUUGUUCAAAUGUCCACCAGAUAGGGAAACAUCACCAAAGAAUCUGAAGCUCAGAUAUCUAUCUAUAAUAAUGAUAUUAUUACGGAAAGUCCUCAUACUGAUACCGGAAACGGAAAUACUAUUGUCAAUAAACUAUCUAAAAUCAACAUGCAUUUCACCUCAGUCUAUAUUCUUCAACGUUAAACAGAACGUGGAUCCAUUGAAUGUUCAGAAUGUUAACGAAAAUUGCGCGAAUCUCUCACCAGAUGUCAUAUUAGUUAGGUUUUUGUUCAAAACAUUGACUUAUGCUAUAAUGGAAAUGGACGGCUUCCAAGCUAAUUCAGACUCUAUUACACAUAGAGAUAAGGAUGAAAAUUCGUUGUUGUAUUCUGUAUGCGUGAAUAUUAUAGUUCAAGCAAAAAAUAUGCUACAUCUUACGACCGGCUGUAUGUUCCCUCUAACAGCAAAAACAGCUCAAACAAUCCUCCACAACGAACAGAGCGGCCUCAACACCGGCUUGUACAGUCCUGAAGAAAAUAUACCAUUAGAUGCGUUAAAUGUUAUAUGUAUGAAGCUGGCUCACUCACUACCACUGUUGGCUGUACACUGGUCGCAUCUGUUGAUACGCCUCAACUUCCUGUCCCACAAGUACUGGCACAAGUUGAUCGGCUCCACCCUCAUGACACACAGCCCUCACGGAUGUGACUCGACUUUGAUGAAGGUUGACUUGCUACAGACGGCCUGCGUUAUGGCUUAUUGUGAAUAUUUUCUAGAUAAUGGUUUCAACGAGGCCGUUCAUCUUUCCUGGCUGUUAGUGAACAGAAUACAUAUCCUUAUAUCACAGUACAAGGAGCGCGUCGUUCACUCUCUUAUACAGCGUGUUCAGGUAACGCCCGGAGCUUCAGGGUUGUUGCUGCAAGCUGUGGCCGCUAGGUGCCAAGGAUGUCUUAAGGACGAAUUCGCAUUAAACACGUACAAAAUACUAUCAUUAUCGCACGAGAGUCAAUCCGGUGCGUUAGUGUUCUUGAUAUGUCGCAUCAUUGGAAAAUUGGAGCCUUCCAUAGGUACAAGGUUCGCAAAGCUAGCUAUAGAUAGAUGUAAGGCCUUGAAGGAUAUGCCCUCUGACGUCAUCAACGCGCAACUAUCAAAGGAGGAUGUACAAGUUGCUUUGGAGCUGUUACAAAGAGACAAAGUACACAUACGUUAUCCAAAGCUAGUGAUGUCUUUGAACUCGCUGGCUUCAUCAGCGUUGGAUCUGUCACCGCUGGACUUGUCGCAGGAACGUGAUAUAAACCCUCAUUACAUACAUACAACUACACCUGACGAUGCUUGGCUUAUCAACCAAAUAAAGGGCAGAUGUUGUCUAUCAGAUUGCAAAAUUCCUAAAGUACCAAAAUACAAAGAUCUCGCAAACCUAUUGAAGAAUUUAUCAUUAGAAGAUUUGACGACUGUGAUGUCUUGUUCGGAAUUCGAUAGGAAGAUAUUGAGUAUGUGUUUCAAGAUAUCAUGCGAAGAUUUUACAAGAGAAUUCUUGAACGCCAUAUCGGCGCAGGAGUUGAGAGAGAUGGAGAUAGAAUCUUUGAAAGAGGAGAAAGAGAAUAGAUUUAAAGAAGAAAUGUCGUCGUCUAUAGAUAGCAAUAAACUCAAUGUAGUUAACACGAACGUGUUCAAAAAAAACGAUAAUAAGGAAUCAAAAUCACAAUUCUUCAUACCGAUAGCUGAUGAUGUCAGUGAGAAAUUUGGUAAUCUAGAAAUAUGUGACGAAGAAAUGGAAAUUGUUGUACCCGAUAUGCCCAAGUUAUAUCAAGCGUCACUCGCGACGUUGGAUAAAUCAUUAGCGGAUAUAUUAAAGUUGUUCCCAAAACAAAACCGUCCAUUGAGCCAAUCGGAAAACUUUAACCUAAAUAUAGACCACACUUUAGAUAGGUAUACAAGGAGAUGCCAUUUAGUCUUCCAAGAUAAAUUAUUCUAUCAAGAGUUCAUGACAAUACAAUCAGCUAUGACUGGUUUUCUAAAUUCCGUUGACGGGAUUCUGACCCUUAUCGACGAAACUGAUUGCGAUUUACUAGAAAAAUGCAUAGAGAAUAUAAUACCAAACAAUUUUGCACGCAACAUGGCAAUGUUUUCGAUAGUAUCGCUACAGUAUUUGUCAUUUUUGAUAAAAAAUAAGAAAGUUGUCGAAACACCAGUUAAUACUGACGUCUCAUUUCGUACGCCGGUCGUUAAUACUGAAAAUGUUUGCGUGGACUACGUCAUACUAGUGACUAUUGAUAAUGUAUCCAGAGCCUUAUGUAUCGAUGAAGUGUGGACAAAGCUUAACGCUGAUAAUUACAUGAACAAAACACAGUCAGCUAUAAGUUGUUUGUACGCGGUCGUUAAGUAUUUAGUCAAGGACACUAAACCCCUUAUAUUAAAGUCUCACAUUCCAUACAAAGAUUCAGGUCCCAAACCCGAUAUAAUAAUAACAGGUAAUAAAUUGGCGACGCUCAUAGAAUAUUGGGAGGAUAAUUUCUAUAUGAGAACAAACAAACAUAUAUUCGGUGCAAGAUAUAAGAAACCAAUUGAAAGUUUAUUAAUCAGUUUGUCGAGAUUAGAAAUAGUAACUAAUAUAGCGCUGAUACCGCCAAUAGCUUGGUCCUAUGUUGAAGUUAAAAUGAAAAAUGAUAAUUUGGAGAAAAUUGACAUACCACUACAUCCGCUACAAGAUAUGGAUGUACUAGAAGCGUUUAUAUUCAGGGUGAAUUUAAUCGGUUGGUCAACGAAGAAGCAAUUCGAAGAAAUCUGGGUCGGUUUAUUAGGAGCGUUACAAGGGAACGGUACACACUGGGCUAUAAAUGGUAUAACACAACUACUAUUGACAACGGCCCCGUCUGUUAGAGGACGAAUGAUACACGUGCCGAGGAAAUACGUUAAGAUUAAUGAAGGAAUGCAACGUCUAAGGAACAUAUUGGUUGGGACAUCAAUAUAUGACAUCUUUAAGGACGUGAACUUAGAACGUGUUCCUCUCAUUAAGGACGGCUUCGAUGGCUAUCACCAGGGACAGUUCAGUACUGAAUAUUUGAAGUAUGCUUCAGAUAUAUCAAACGAAGCGUCAUACAAAGUACGUAAAGCUGUGAAACGUAAGAGAAAAAAUAAAGAUAUUGAUGUGAACAGUUGUAUACAACUACUGAUGGAUGUUACUACAGACAUGUUGGAUCCUAAGUCAUCAACGGGCGUGGCGGGUCGUCUAUAUGUGAUCAAGUCCUUGGAGCAUACAUGGUGUGUAGUAUCUUCAUCAUCCCAAUGGUCUCGUUCGGCCGCGCUACUGUCCCGUGCUCCGCGGGCCGCAGCCGCCGCAGCUUUACUACACGCCCUCGCCGGCUGCCUCGCUGUACUGCAAGGAGAUGUACAGGAAGUAUCCAGUGUCCACGAGAAGCUUCUCAAGUCGUUAUCGUCAGGUUCGGCAGCUGUCCGCCAGGCGGCGCUGAGGGGCUGGCUGCUGCAGCUGGCGGGGAGGGGCGCGGGGGACGCGGCGCGGGCGCUCAGGGACACUGUGAGGAGUGGGGGGGAUGACAGGUUGUCACCACACGAACAGAGUUUGAACUGGGCAGUACUGUUCACACUAGUGGAGUUGGGUCACAGUGAUCUUAUGCAUACAGCCGUUGACUUUGUAUUGAAUAAACCUAGACAUUAUUGUACGGAUCUUGUUGUUAAGGGUAUAACAUCUGUUCUGCGACAACAAGUUCUGUCAAAGGAUCUCAAGAAGUCUAUCAUAGAAAAGCUAUUGGACAAUAUGAAGAUGUACUCGGAGCAUCAUGCCGUUCAGAUACUUAUGGUGCAUUUGUUCUCUGCGGACAGUAAGCUAAUAAGUCCAAGAUUCGAAUCAGACGUGUCCAAUAUGGACCCAGACGUACUAAUGAACUCUAUGGAACGAAUAACACUACUCUACAAAGUAUUGAAACAGUGUAAAUAUAGGGAAAACAAACAAAUCUGUACGACAACUCUGAAAUAUUUCCUGCGAGAAACUCUACCGCCCGCCGCGACUCUAAGUAGAGUUGUCAUAGAGUAUAUAGAGUGUUGCAAGGAAACGGAAAAGUUGAAUAUGACAAUAUUGAACGAAUUCAACAAUUAUGUAGAAUGUGCUGUUAUGAAUGCUGAUAUUGUGUUCGAGGUAUUCAAAACAUCCAUAUCUCAAGAUCAAUUGCCAGUACUAAGCGGUUGGAUAUUUGAAGCUCUCUGUCAUUUAUUAUCAGGGAAGAUAUCACAUAAACUAGUCCCAUACUGUUUGCUAACAUUACUAGUUGCCGCUUCACCCAAUACAAACAUAAGAAUACUACAUCCAUUAACAUAUUAUAUAUUUAGACAAGGAUUACAUAAUAACUCCAUAUCCAUAAAGAAUAUGGAAGAAAUCGAUAAAAAUGAUGAGUUAACCCCAAAUAGGACUGAUUUGGAUCAAAAUUGGGGUAUUUUUGGAGAUUUUAUAACAAAUUUGCCAAUGUCUUUCUCUAAUAGACGUCUUCUAUGUAUAGCGGCGUUGCAUUCAAAUUUUAGUUCGAAUCAGUUGGAGAGAUUGAAGCAAUUGUGUGAAGGAAACGAAUAUUUGUGUGAUCUAAUGAGAUGUUUAACGGAAUGA